CGGCGUGGAGAUUGACGUGCCCUCUGUCCUGUCGUUGCCGGUGUCAUGGAGCUCCGGUUCUCAGAGCAGCGGUUCCAGGAGGCCUGGGGCGAACUGGACGAGCCGGUACUGCCAGCACCAUGGGAGCUCUUCACCCAGUCCAUGGGCUUCCAGAUAUACCGCCUGUAUGAGCAGCAUUCUGGGCUGUAUCAGUAUAAAAUCUACGGCGGUCUCUCUGACUAUCCCCCGGAGCGCUUUGCUGAUGUCUACAUGGAUUUAGAGUAUAGGAAGCAGUGGGACUCGUACGUGAAAGUACUGCAGGAGGAGGAAUCUGGAGAAGACAAAGUAAUCUACUGGGAGGUGAAGUACCCGCUUCCUUUAUCCAACCGGGACUACGUCUACGUCCGUGAAAGGCGCGAUCUGGACGUUGAUGGGAGGAAGAUAUUUGUGGUUCUGGCCAAGAGUGUAUCGGCUCCCCAUUGUCCGGAGAAGUCGGGAAUUGUCAGGGUCAAUGGUUACGAACAAAGUGUGGCUAUCGAAAGUGACGGCAAAAAUGGAUGCAAAGUCUUCAUGUAUUAUUUUGAUAAUCCCGGAGGUCUGAUCCCCGCGUGGCUCGUUAACUGGGCAGCCAAGAGCGGCGUCCCGAACUUCUUGACCAACAUGCAGAAGGCUUGCAAAGGCUACGAAGAGCAACGGACGAAAACCCUUUCAAAGAAAUGAAACAUGCGCGGAAAUGUCUG